UUAGUCAUCAGGCUAAAAAAUGACUUACAAUGGGACAUAUACCGUCUAUUUGUUUUAUUUUUUCGUCGACUAUAUGCUGUCACUAAAAGAUCUCUUCGUAGAAAAUAUGUCGUCUUUCAGUUAUCUUUGAGAUGACAUAGUACUGUAUGGCAUAUUUUGUUACAAAUAUAAUUGUAUUAGUUUAAUCUAGAAAUUAUGAGUCACCGAUAUUUUCGCGAAAUUGUCGCAACUUAUUUAGAAUGAUAAUAAAUUAACUAAAAUGAAGUGGCUGACAUCGAUAUAAAUCUCGAUAGAGUAGGAUAAAGCCCGAUAAAGAGAUAAAAUACGAUUGUUAUGUAAAUAUUAAGACAAAUUCUGUAUUCUUUAUCUUAACGACCGUUAUCAAAAAAUAAUCAUUAUUGAUAUUCGAUUAAAAGACAUUGUAUAUAUAAAACGAUGUAAUUAAUCUUACUUGUCAGUCAGGUUUUGGUAUGAAAUCAAGCGGCAUCCAGUAAUCAAUAAGCAAGCAUGAGAUUCGCCGUAACAUUAUGCUUUUUGGCUACACUUUCUGGCUAUACUUUUGGCUACACCAUUGAUGCUAGUCCAGCAUCGGACAAUGUGGAAAAAUGGAGACUUCAAGUGAGAAAUGCAAAAAGCAACAUAGAUGAUAUCAUACGUCAACUCAAACUUCUUCGUACCGAUGCUGUAGAAGACACUAUCACAGAAGUCACGGAAAAAGGGGAUGAAGAACAGAAAAGUUUUAGAGAAUAUAAAAAUCUAUUACUUAAAGAAAUCAAGAAAAUAGUAAACACUGCUAAGGAAGCAGACAAGGAUGUAACCUCAUGCUACGAAGAAGCUAAUAAUGGCAUCAAUGCAAUUGUAGAUGCAAUAUACGACGAUGAUACGAAAUGCAAUGAUGCUGCCGAAAAUUCGAUCGAGAACGAUCUCGGCUUUAUCAAUAAUCUUAUUUCGACUGGAAAUGAACUGUUAUCAGACUUGGAUGGCAUUUUUUUAACUUGCUACGAUAGCGAUACUUCAAAAAGGGACAGUUGCAUCGUAACUGAUUUGGCGAGAAUAAAUGCUGACAUAAGGGGUUUAAGGAGCCAGACCACUUCUGCUGAGAUUACUAUCGUGUACGUGUCCAAAAAUAUUGUUCUACAAGCCACAAACUGCUUAAACAAGGCUUAUUCGUCUGUACAUUCGAUGGGUGAUAUGAUUAAGAUGAGACUCGUCCAAUGCAUUGAAACGAUCCAGCUAACUACAACUACAACUACAACUACAACUACGACUACUUCGACAGAAGCCACUUCGCCAUCAGAACCAAAAAAUUCUCAAGAGACGAUUGUAUUUUCAACUAUAUAACUAAUCUUUGUUUAAAAUUACUUUUGAAAGGCAGUAUGUUUUAAGACUGUUAAUUUGAAAAAAAAUACAUUGUUCUGAUUAUUAUGUUUUUUAUUCGUUUUAACUUACAUGCUCCGAAAGACUCUGUAGUAUAGUAC